AUGCGACCACCUCCCAGCGCUUUGGGGCGCUUAUGUGCAUCACCUCGCAGACCAAUUCAACCAUAUAUCCGAAGCUUCAUCCAUCGAUCUCAAAGCUUUUCCUCCGAUGAUUCCCGCCGUCCUGACAACUUGAACAAAUUGCACAAACCUGCGUACACAUCCGUUCGCCCCCGGGUGAAAGCUAUCCCUGGCAGAGCUUUACCAAUUGGGGUAGACUCGCUCGGUGAACCUGCUCAAAUGAUCAUUGUGCCUCCUAAACCCUCCAAGGUGAGGCGCCGUCGCAAAAACCCAAACGAAGUCGAACCACCCGCCGACGGUAUAAACUCGCUCUCUUCGAUACUUGAAGAUCUAGAUGAUGAAGCCAUUGAAACAACUAUUGACCUGGCCCGAGAGAGACUAGAAGAACUCCGGACCUAUAGACCGAAACAAAGACUGGACGCUGGUGAUUGGAAGGACCUUCAAUCGACCAUCGCAUCAUCCUUCACAUACGGACAAUUGUUACAUUACGUGGCGGAAUACAAUCACGGGGAGCCGAAAACUGAGAACAACCUUGCAACAUGGCAACCCGGGAGAUCUGGGUCUGUGCAACCGCCUGGACUGACGCGCAAAACCAAAUCCGGGCUUGUGGAUCACAUUCUUCGAGACUGUUGGCAGCUCUCCAUCAUGGAUGAGGUGGGCCAGCUGGAUAUCAGUUUACCCCCUAAUUACAUCAAGCUACUCCUGACCGCAACUCACUUCUCCUUCGAUGAAGUGGCAAGCUUCCAUAAGGCCAGCAUUGACAUCAGCCACUCCCUAGGGCUGGUGAGAAUUACCGGAACCCAGCCCGCCUGCGAAUCAGCAUUCGAAGUCAUCUCAGACACCACGACGAGAAUUCGGGUGGACGAGGUUGGAAUUGAUUUCCCUACGGGCUUGCGCCUCACCCCGAGCUUCAUCGAAUGGGUGUGCGAAACUUACAGUGUUGCCAUAGAUCAACAGCCCAUGCAGGGUCCAGACAAGAUCCUGUAUCUGACAGAAAACAAACAUGGGGCCGAGGACGCUCGAAGAACGCUCGGGUUGGCUGUCCAUGAUGCCAAUCAGACACCCAAGCCGUUCUCUACAUACCUGCCAGCGUCCGAGCCGGCAAAUGUAUACGAUUACACCCCCGAGGCCAGCGCGAAUUGGUUUGAUCGACAAAAAUCCUGGUUCCGAUGGGCAAUGCCUGUCGUUCAGACCACCGCGACUGAACCGACCCCCUUUUUCGACGGUCACCAAACUCUACUCUCUAGCGAAUUGCUCAAGCUGCUUCGGAACCAGCCCGGUGCAAAGUCGCUCUCUCUUGGGUCAACCGUCUAUGAAUCAGUGACCGCUGCGGCUGGAAGCUGUCUCUUUGGUCGGAAGUCCGUAUUUGACGCGACAGAGAUCAGCGCCUCUCAACUUGGGAGACUAUCUUUGCCACGAACCUUUGUGCCUGAUAUUCCUCGAGUCAAACCUUUCCUGGACUCGCUUUCACCCAUUGCCCCCGAGAGCGGGAUUUUAACCCACGUUGUUCGCCUGAUCCCGUUGCCAGGGUCUUCUGGUAACCUUCCAGAGUUGGACGUGGAAUUUGCCUCCAAAUCUACCAGUUCCACGGACUCCCAAGGGGAGAUUGACAUCAAAAGUAUCAAAUUUAUACUAGAGACCAACAGUGUUGACUAUCUGCUGCCGGAAACUGGCCUCGAUCUUCGAUUUACGCGUACUCUCCACUCCCAGGCCUCGGAAACCAUCACCGAUCCAGCCAAGUAUGAAGAGCUUUUGAAUAGCAUCAGACAACCUCUCUACAACACCUUCAUCCGGUCAAGCUCUGAGGCUGCGUCCCUCCCUGCAUUUUCCCACAUUCCCCUACCAAGAAAUCUUUUCCAAACAUCCCUUCGCCUCGCUACGGAUGGCCAGGUUGAGCCUGUCGAGUACAUGUUUGCUCCACUUAAUGAUGUCCGUGGAGCUGCUGCCCAGCGGUAUGACUUUGACGGCAGGCAACUGAGCUACCGCUUCUACGAAAGUGGACCAUUCCUUGCGGCCCGGACGACUGAAAUUUCGCUUGACAUGGAUAUUCCUAGACAGACCAUUCCUUCGGUUGAUGGUGAAUCUCAGGAUGUCGUUGAACCGAAUUUCCAUGCCUUUUAUAAUGCGGCAUGCGAUAUGGCGUUCAGAAUCCACAAGGCAAGAUACGCGGACGACGAAUAG